AUGGGUCGAGUACGAAGCAGCCUGAGCAAGCGUCUCGCACGAGCGAUCUCCGGACCACCGCGCAUCCCGGUGAGCAACCGGCCUUUCGAGGCGACAGCAUGCCCGUCGAAGCCAGGGCAACCGGGCGACGACCAGGAGACCGGCCGACCAUCUGCCGCCGUCCAGGAGGGUCCGACACCACUGUCGGCGCACGAUACCCGAAAACCACCGGCCAUCCGUCAAUGGACCACUCGCUCUCGGCAGGAGCACCCCUACGAACCAGCUCCCACCGACGCAGCCGCCGCCCGCCAAGCCGCGCUCCUGACCACAUUCGGGUCUACGUUGUCGGACCUCGACGACGACGACGACGACAACAACACCGGCGAUCGCCAGAAGACCGCCGAGCGCCACGGCACCGGGACGGCCCCACCAGCGCCGCCACCGCUCUCGACGUUACCGACGCCGCCGCCAACGCCGCGACCCACACCACCACUGACGCCGCUGCCAACGACGCCGGCACCGCCAGUACCGCUGCCAACGACGCCGGCACCGCCAGUACCGCUGCCGACGCCGGGGUACUUCACCGGACUGCCGCCACUAACGACUUCCCCGAUGGCGUCACCGCCGCCCGGACCACCGAUCUCACCAGGCAUCGCCGCCCCGGGGGGACCCUUCCCUGAGGACGCCCUCCAAACCGUGCCGUGGAACCGCAUCCGCCCAGGACAACGGUACACCGCCGCCAACCGCACCGCUAUACCGCCGGUCAGGCUGGCCACCGCAUGUCCUAGCGCCGUUAGCGUCAGGCCUUAA